AUGGAGUACUCAUCCAAGCCUCUAAGUCGACCUCGAAAUGCUGCCAUGAGAGACGACCAGGAACGUGAUGACCAAGGAGAACGGGCUCGAGACGAGCGAGGAGUGAAACCCUUACAAAAAAACGGAUCUCCCCGUCAAGACCGUAAUCCCCACCGCGCUCCCGACGCUCGUCGCGAGCGUCCAUCCACAAGACCAGACCCCCGUUCAUCCCGCCGUCGCCGCCAUUCGCACGACCGCAGCCGUGAUCGCGCUACACGCCCAUCGCCCGAACCGUCGCGUCGAGGCCCGGAGGUUGACGAUCUUAUUCCUCGUUUUCGAGCCGAGAGGGAACGCCACCGCGAAACAGAAGAGAAGCCACGCCGCCGGAGUAGAAGUCGGAGUCGCGAUCAGGCCAGCAGGGCUUCUCCGUCAGCUUCUAAACGACAUCGAAGCCGAAGUCCCUCUCUGACCGGUUCGAAUCGAAAAAGAUCUAGAAGAGACAGGAGUCCUCGGCCAAGAACACGGGACUACAGCCCUGGAUCUACUACCAGGAAGCACGUCAGACACUCCUCACGCGAUAGGCGUAAACCAUCACCUCGCCGUUACGCACGGUCGUCCAAAUCGCCAGCCAAAUCACGUCCUAUAUCACCAGGAAGGUCGGAUUCAGGCUCACGGCGUGUGGACCGAGAGGCUCGAUCCCGAACAGACCAUCCCCAACAACGUUCCCGAAGUCCUUCGCCAUCAUCAGAACAUCCGCCACCCUUAUCUCGAAGAGCCCGUCCGUCAUCUGUUGAAAACCAGCGUGUAUCGGAUCUUGAGCAACAGGCCUCGCGGCGACAGCCUCAGCCAAGAUCACCUUACGCGAAUAGGGAGCGGAGAUCUCGAGAAGGAUCGCCCGGCUGGCGCCAUUCCUCAAGAUCUGAUAUUGACGAAGACAUGACUUCACGAGGCAACCCGCGAGGGAGUUACAACCCAAUGUAUCCACAAAAGUCACACAUCAGUAACGACCCUUAUUCCCAAUCACCUCAACACGGCUCAUACCACAACUCGCCAUCACGGUCACCAUAUGGUUCGUCGCGUGGCGGCGGAUGGAAUGACCAACAAUCCUAUCCGCCUCAAUACUCACAGGGAGGCAAUCAAGGCCCUCCAAGUGGCCCCUCAAGCCAUUAUCAUUCAAACCCAACCCGUUCCCCACCAUAUGACGCUCCCACAGGUCCCAUGCAGCAGUAUCCUCAAGGAGGAAGCUACCGUGGAGGCUAUCGGGGAGGCGGCUUCCGCGGUGGCCCUUUUGCCGGUCGUGGAAGAGGUGGUUUUAAGAAUUCUCAUUGGAAUCAAGGUCCUCCUCCACGAGGCCAUCACGACGACUUGGGCAAUGGCCGGUUCAGCAAUGUCGACGAACCCAACAACGCAGAUGUUGAUCCAAUGGAUGUCGAGGAAGAGCAUUUCCGUGCCCACGAUCGAUUAAACGAAGAUUCCGGCCGGGAUGUUGACGGCUUACAAGAUCCAUUGACUACCCCUAACAGACCACCCCCAACGGGCCCAGGCUCGUCUGGUAGCAAGUUCAGUUUUGCCUUUAAGCCGUCGUCAAAACCAGCAGUCACAGCACCCAAACCUGAGAUAUCACAGAAGCUGAAUGCUGCCCCUCGAAGGGAACCUCAGAAGGAUAGCCAGGAUCGAGAACACAACCGAGACAGAGACAGAGAGAGAGAAAGAGAGAAGGAAAGAGAAAGGGAAAGAGAUAGGGAUAAAAACAGAGCCAGGGACAGGGACAGAGAACCUCCACGAAGUGCACCGACAGAACCUGCAUCAGCCCGACUACGACAUGAUCGUCGACAACCUCCCGAGGGGCCCAAGGUAGCUCCUCGCAUGCGAAAGGUGAAGAAAACGAUGAAGCGACCAAAGGCAAGGCCGACACUCUCGGCCGAUCUUGUGGACUCGGAAUCUGUCUUCUUCAGAAAGCCUGGGAAUGAGUCAGUUGUUGGUUCGGGUACUUACGGCAAAGUUUUCAAGGGUCUAAAUGUCUACACCAAGGGAAUGGUUGCCCUCAAACGAAUCCGAAUGGAGGGCGAGCGCGAUGGUUUCCCUGUCACAGCUGUCCGUGAGAUCAAGCUUCUUCAGUCACUCAGACACAUCAACAUCGUUAACCUUCAAGAGGUUAUGGUUGAGAAGAAUGAUUGCUUCAUGGUAUUUGAGUAUCUAUCGCAUGAUCUCACAGGACUCUUGAAUCACCCGACCUUUAAGUUGGAGGCAGCUCAGAAAAAGGACCUCGCCAAACAGAUGUUCGAAGGACUGGACUAUCUUCACACUAGGGGAGUCCUUCAUCGUGACAUCAAGGCUGCAAACAUUCUGGUGAGUAACGAGGGAGUCCUAAAGAUCGCCGAUUUCGGCCUUGCGCGCUUCUACGCCAAACGUCACCAGCUUGACUACACCAAUCGAGUCAUAACUAUCUGGUAUCGCUCACCAGAACUAUUACUUGGCGAGACCAAGUAUACCGCUGCUGUCGAUGUCUGGAGUGCAGCGUGCGUUAUGGUCGAGAUCUUCGAUCGCAUUGCCAUCUUCCCUGGCGAUGGCACCGAACUGAGCCAGUUGGAGAAGAUAUACAACGUCAUGGGAACGCCCAACUUGAAAGACUGGCCCAAUCUCGUCGAUAUGUCCUGGUUUGAGCUCUUGCGCCCGACUGUGAAGAAAAGAAAUGUCUUUGCAGAGAGGUACCGUGAUAAGAUGUCAACAGCCGCAUUCGACUUGUUAUCCUCCAUGUUCCAUUACGAUCCUGCCAAACGACCCAGUGCUGCCGAAGUACUUCGACACUCCUACUUUACUGAGGAGGCACCACCAGCUCGACAGGCCACAGAACUUUCAACACACAAUGACUGGCACGAAUUCGAGUCCAAAGCUCUACGAAAGGAGAAUGACCGACGCGAGAGAGAGGCUAGAAAACUGGCCAAAGAAGGUGCCAGCCGAGACAAGGACAAGGACAAAAAGCGUGUCAAUGAAGGAGCCGAACAGCGAGACGUCAAACGGUUGCAGUUUGACAAGAAUGGUUCAAACAAGCCUGCGCCACCAGCAACCUCGUCCAAAACGACCACUGAUGCAUAA